AUGUCUGAUACUCGCCAGAUCACUUCGAGUCCCGCUUCGGGGCUCACUUCGAGUCUCAGCGACAUGAGACCAAGACCUACGACAAAACGAAAGAAUAACGAGCACGAUCUUGGACACGAUAUCGAACCGAGACCGUCGAAACGAGCCAACCUGGGGAAGCCCACCGUUCUCGAUCCAAUCGUUCGCCUCAACACCGACGUGCUGAACAUUGUCUUCGACCACAUUGGGGUUGCCGACAUUGUGCGCUGCGAGCGAGUCAGCCGCUGUUGGAAGAUCUUCGUGCAGGAGUGGAUGGAGAAGUUGGCCGUGGCGAGGAAACUGCGAGCUGGCCUGCCACGACAGAUGAUUACGAACUCUAAUGUUCGUCUUUCAUAUACGCAGAUUAAAGAUUAUGCCUGCCGAUUCCAUAACAUGCGCUCCGGGCGGGUAAAUUCCAUCCUCGAGCAUCCCGAUGCUUACUACAGCGUGGUGAAUGAAAGCUAUAUGGCAUGGCUGGUCAAUCACCAGGGAGACUGCGAUUUGACAGGCGAGAUCUGGUGGCUACGCACAGACUCGACCAAAAUACGAAAGCAGAUCAAGAUGGCCAAUCUCCUCGAAUGGACGACGCACGGCCCGAUGCCCCGUAUACAAGUCGAAAUGGUCAUUAACACCAAGGGCGUUCUUUUACUUGACGUCACUGAGCGACGCGGCCUCGGGAGGAGUAGCACUGUCGCGUUCUGCCCGACUACGAUGACCAGGCUGUGGCACCACGAGCACGAAACAGGCGUCGAUCGUGACGAAGUCGCCCUCGCCAUGAGCGACUCAGUAGCGUACUGCGCUGUGAAGCGGACGGCGGGUCCAGGGUAUGAUCUGGCGGCGCUUGACCUUGAAACCGGAGCCCCGUUGUACAAGUUACCCUUAAAAGAACGAGUGCGGCGAGCCGACGAGCACUUGUACCCUUGGAGAAAAUACGCUCUCCAGCCUCUCAUAUCGGUAGUCCAGGACCGUGCUGGACAGGAGAUCCUUCUUGCCAAACGUGUCAACGAAGACAACAACGACCCCUGGACGCGUGAUAGUGCCACCGGGAUAGACGUCUUUAAUGGCCGGACCAGGCAGCGCCUGCACACCAUCUCCUUCCCAGACACCGUCGUCGGCUCCUGCAUCCACGACGCGUUGACCAACCACAACCUUGUGGCCUGGCACAAAUGGAAGCCAACGGCCCCUGCCUUGGCAAGACACAACCUGGCCAUCUUCCGGCCAUUUUCGAGCGGAAACACGACCUUUUUCACCGCGCCCGCCCUCGCCGUCUGCUACCCCCAAGCCUACGGGAUCGACUGGCUUAUCGACCCCCUGAAUAUGGUCGCGAUCGGGAAACAGACCAUCCUAAGCAGCCCAGAGCCCACAGCCUGGACGUUAAUCUACCGAAUUCUUGGGCCGAUCAAGGACGUCGCCUUGCACGAUGCCGCCGCGAUGGAGGUCGAGCGACUUUUCAACAACGAGGAGGGCGCGAUGGGCAUUUGUCUGAUGAUGGUUGGGGAAGCACGACCACUUACAGCGCCCCAUAGCUUCACGGGCGUCAGGGAGAAUAUAGAGCCAUGCCGGCCUCUGUCGAGCAUCAUCGAGUACCUGAGUCCAUCGGAGCACUUUGCUGGGGAUGGGAGAUUGAUGCUUCGCUCGCUGUGUCACGGUAGACUACUUGAUUUCGGUCCACGCGGAUAG